AUGGCGCCAUCACUAACACAAGCUUGUUGUGUGGAAGAAAUAGUUGGAGAUUUUAAAUGGGGGAACAAAAGAGGAAUUGGUGUGAAGAAUAAAGAUACACAGUUCUAUGAUUCUUUUGUUUAUGAAGGUGUUGAGUAUUUUCUACAUGAUUGUGUUUAUUUUUACCACACUGAUCAUGUUGAAACUUCUAUUGGUAUGCUUGUCAAGAUGUUUGAGAAUGGUCGUAGAAAGAUGAUCAGAGUUGUUUGGUUCUUUCGUCCUUCGGAAAUUCAGAGUUUUCAUCGAAGUUAUCAGCCGAGUUGGAAUGAGUUGUUCUUGGCUUCUGGGAAAGGCAAAGGUCUUACCAAUGUCAAUUCCGUGGAAUCAAUUCUUGGAAAAUGCUGCAUAGUUUGCAGUUCAGAGGAUAAGAGAAAUCCCAAGCCAUCUGAAACAGAGUUAAAGAGAGCAGAUUUCUUUUUCAAAUGUACUUUCGAUGUUGAUAGGCUUGUAAUCGAUGAUAAAUUUCCAGAUAAGAUUGAUGGAAUUGAAGUGGAGCAAUUCUUUAAUAAGAAGAGGGAUAGAAAGACAGGUAACAGUGUGCAUCUUGAGGCAAAUAAAAUGUCUAAAGAUAUCACAAAGAUAAAGAUAAAGACUAUAACAUCGGAGAAUAUUAAACAUGAGGUUAAGACUAAGACCGCUCCUUCAGACAUCCUGCGUUGUAAAGUUGAAGGAACAGCUUCUGAGAUUGUCUCACCAAAGACAUUGUUAGAUUCUUCUCCAUUUAAAAAGAGGAAGGUCUUUGAAGAGAAGUCAAGACUUGGUCAUAGUAGCAACUCUCAAAAGAAAAAGGAAUUUAAUGAGAAGAAAGAGUUGCGACAGGAUGACAGUUAUAAUCCAACCAGGAAAGUUACGGAGGUGACUGAAAGGCCGAAUGCAGAGAAAAGAAAGUGGUUUAAGAAAAUGCCUUGGGAAGAAAGACUACAGAAAGCUCAAGAGCUGGGUACCCUGGUUUUGCUGAGUGAUCUGGAUCCAUCCUACACGUCGUUUGAAGUAGAGGAUCUUGUUUGGCAUGCGCUCAAAGAAAAGGUUGAGGCAAGGAUGAUAGAAUUGAGCCCGACGUCCAAUACAUACUAUGGUAGAGCAUUGGUUAUUUUCAGAUCAAAAGAUGCAGCUGAAAAUGCAAUAUCUGAGUUGACCAGCAGAUGCCUUGUUCUUGAAGGUAUUUCAUUUACUGCUUUGUUUUUCUCUUCUACUUUGUUAUUCUGUUCUGUUCCAGAACUUGCAUAA